AUGGCAGCACCCGGCCCGAACCCGAGACCACAACAAGCCUGGCCAUCCUUACCUUCUCUCAGUGAUGCUGAGACAAUGGUGCGACAGGCGCUGGAAAAUCGACACACUUGGGAUACCAUCAUUUUGUGCACCCUAGUAGAUGAUCUCUUUGGAAGGCCCAUCUAUAGCAAGGAAAUUGCAAGCGUCAUCAGCGUUCGCGACGGUCGUACAAACGUCCCUUUCCACACGGCUAUCGUCGUGUACAUGUUCGACAUUGCGCAGCUGCCAUUCAUUGAAGAGGUUUGUCCUCUGACGUGUCGGUACAAAAAAUGGGAAGAAGUCAAGAACAAGUUUAUGGCACGCAAUGGGCAAAGAGACUACGACGAUAUGGAAGAGAUGAGCGCAUGGAUCCUCUACAACGAGACGUUGACGACUGCGAAUCUGAUAGCAUCCAAUCAGUUAGGUUCGUCAUCAGCAAGGCAGUAA